AUGGCUCAGCUCGACGUUUUAGACGUGGUUGUGUUGUUAGCCACAAUUGUCGGCACGACGCUGUACUUUGGCUGGGGCACUAUAUUUGGCAAAAAAGAUUCCAGCACAGAAGAAAAGUAUAAGAAUGGAUUUGGAUCUGGGUCUGGAUCUUCAUCGGCUGAUACUCGCGACAUUGUUGCUGCCUUGGAGAAAAAUGAUAAGGAUGUGAUUAUAUUUUAUGGUUCUCAGACUGGCACUGCCGAAGACUAUGCCUCGCGCUUGGCCAAGGAAGCUUCUGCUGUUUACGGUCUCAAGACCAUGACUGCUAGUUUGGAAGAUUACGACUUUGAAAAUCUUGACGCCAUUCCUGAAAAUAAGGUUGUUGGCUUUGUCAUGGCCACCUAUGGCGAAGGUGAACCCACUGAUACUGCAUUCCAGUUUUACGAGUUUUUGACUAGCGAUGGCGUUGAGUUUUCGCAAGGAGAAAGUUCAUUGGAAAACUUGAAGUAUGUUGUUUUCGGCCUCGGUAACAGCACCUACGAGCAUUACAAUGCUGUUGGUCGAAGAGUGAAUAAAAUUUUUGAAGAUCUCGGUGCUAAGCGAAUCGGCCCUUAUGGCGAGGGUGACGACGGAUCUGGAACUAUGGAAGAAGACUAUUUGUCGUGGAAAGACGAACUGUUUCAGAUCUGGAAGGAACUUGAAGGUCUGGAAGAGCGCGAAGCCGUCUACGAGCCUGUUUUGGAUGUUUUUGAAGUUUCUGAUUUAGAAGGUGCCAAAGUUUACGAAGGCGAGCCUAACAAGGCCCACUUGGAAGGUACUGUCAAGGCCCCAUACUCUGCUACUAACCCUCUUAUUGCUCCUAUUGUUACUGCCAAAGAACUUUUCGAAUCUACUGACCGCAAUUGUAUCCAUCUUGAACUUGAUACUACUGGUCUCAAGUAUAACACUGGUGAUCAUUUGGCAUUGUUGGCACCCAACUCAAAUGAAGAGGUUGCAAGAUUUCUGAAGAUAUUUAACUUGGAGAAGAAGAGCGACACCGUAGUUGAUGUCAAGUUUUUGGAUCCUACUGCUAAAGUUCCCUUUCCCACGCCCACCACUUAUGAUGCCAUUGUGAGAUACCAUUUGGAGAUUAACGGUCCUGUUUCACGUCAGUUUUUGUUUUCGAUUGCACCUUUUGCUCCCUCUGAAGAAGCCAAAAAGACUGCACAAAGACUUGGUUCGUCUAAGGAAGACUUCCAUAAGGAAAUUGCCUCUGAAUACCUCAAUACGGCGCAGGCGCUGUCCAAGAUUUCCAAAGAAGAAGCCUGGUCCAGUGUUCCAUUUUCCUUUAUUGUUGAGUCCAUCAACCACUUGGUUCCCCGUUAUUAUUCUAUUUCCUCUUCCUCUAAAGAAUCACCCUCUAAUAUUUCCAUUACUGCUGUUGUGGAGUCCAUCAAGCCCAAGACUGGCGAUAAUGUGCUUAAGGGUGUGGCCACUAACUACAUUUUGGAUCUUAAACACACUUUCAACAAGACUACCAAUCCUGAUCCGACAGCUGUUCACUAUGAUGUUGCUGGUCCUCGUGGUGUUCUUGGAGGUAACAGCGUAUAUGCUUAUGUACGCCACUCUAACUUUAAGCUUCCGUCGAAUCCAAAAAAGCCUGUUAUUAUGGUUGGUCCUGGUACCGGUGUUGCGCCCUUUCGUGGUUUUGUGCACGAACGUGCAUAUUUGGCUGCCCAAGGUGCUCCUGUGGGUCCUGCCUUGCUGUUUUUCGGCUGCCGCAAUUCUAAGGAGGACUUUUUGUAUCGUGACGAGUGGAAGGAAUACUCGGGUGAGACUCCUGCUGACUUGUUGUCGUUUGUCCAAGCCCAGCAGGCUGAGGAGGACCUUGAAAAGAAAAAAUUUUUGGGUCCCAAGUCGUUUUUGAAGCUGGUGACUGCAUUUUCUCGUGAAAGCACCGAGAAGGUAUAUGUUCAACAUCGUCUGGAAGAACAGUCUGCUUUGGUCAAUGCACUGUUAAAGCAGGGUGCUUUCUUCUAUGUUUGCGGUGAUGCCACCCGGAUGGCCCGCGAUGUACAGGCUGCGCUCGUACGCAUUAUUUCUAAGGAGCGUAAUAUUUCCAAGACUAAGGCUGAGGAAAUUGUCAAGAACAUGCGCACACAGAACCUCUACCAGGAGGAUGUCUGGUAG